UUUAUUUUAUUUUUAUUUUCAAUAUAUAAGUCCAGUGAACUGAAUUUUAAUUAUUUGAACCAAUUAAGUUUAAUAACAGCCUCCGAAAGAAAGUCCAUCGAAGAAGAAAAGCGCCGUUUUAUGUGGAUCAACGUCGUGGGAAAGGACUUUCUGCCAGCUUUCUCGCAUUCGACAACGAUAUGGCCCACGCUGGUAGUACAUCUCGUAGACAUGAUGGUUCUAUCACAACAACCAGAGGUUUUGUUGAAACUGACUGGGAAGCCAAAGAGGCGCUUCGCCAGCGAGAACUUGAAGAGGCUAGAGCAAGAGCAGCUCAAAUGGAAAAAACUAUGAGAUGGUGGUCCGAUUGUACUGCAAAUUGGAGAGAAAAAUGGAGCAAAGUUAGGAAUGAAAGAAAUAGGGCGAGAGAAGAAGCCAAACUACUCCGUUCCAAACUCGACUCAGCAAUAAAAGAUACAUGCAUGUAUAAAAGGGAGAAAAUGGAACUGGAAUCGCAUAAUGAACAAAUGAAAAAAGAGCUUGAACGAAUACAUUUACUAUUAUUGAAACAUGCCGGCCAAUGGGACAAUCAAUUGUUACUAGAAGCUUUAGAUACGACGGAAUCAGAUAGAGAGCCUUUUCUACCUGAAAGAGAGGAAGAUAUAAACAGUUGUUCUGACAUUGAUCGUAUCCCUGAAAAAGAUUCAGGCGUAGAUGACAUGAGUAAUCUAGGUGCCAGUUCAAAAAAUGGAGAGACUGAUAAUAAAUGUUCCACAAUGGAGACUGUUAGUACAAUAAUGUGUGGGGACAUUGAUUCUUGGACUGGUGAUGGUGAUGAAAUUACUUUCUGUGGCAGUGUCAAAGGGCAAAAAAAAGAUGAUUUAGAGAAUAACGAUGUAGAAAUGAUGUAUCAAAAACUGUCCAUGUUACAAUUAAGACUUGAUGAAACUACAAAAACCUUACAAGUAGAGCGAGAGGAAAAGUGUAAUUUGAUGAGAACUGUUGAAAGAUCGGAAGAAGAGCUUCUUGAAUGUAAACAGAGGUGUGAAGAACUCCGUGCUUCCAGGCAAGAAGCAGUGAGGGAGCUGUUACAACUACAAGAUCAACACCAGGACACCGUAGCUUUAAUAAGGGCAGAUCUUCUCGAUGAGGCAACGUCUCGAGAAGGCAUGGAUCGAAGACUUGCUGAAUUAAGAGCACAAUUAGAAAGACUUCAAGCAGAAAAUGCAGCAGAAUGGGGCAAGAGAGAAAGGCUAGAAACCGAAAAAUUGGCAUUGGAGAGGGAAAAUAAAAAGUUAAGGGCCGAUCUCAGAGAUGUUCAAGAGAGACUUGAGAGGCGAGGUCGUCCUGUAACAACUACCGAUAACGAUUUGAGGCAUUUGCAACAAGAAGUUUCUGACAAAGCAAAGGAGUUGACCGAUAUUAAACACAGCCAUAAUAAGCUUAAAAAGGUGGUCACUGAUAAAACGACGGAGUUGGCCCAUACGACUAGAAGGGCAGAACAGUACGAGGCUGAGGUUAAAAGGCUGAGAACCAGAGUCGAAGAAUUGAAACGGGAGCUUGCAGUUGCUGAAGAUGAAGUUGAUUCGGCCACUAAUAAUUUAAGAAAAAUGCAAAGGACGAAUGACGAACUUCAAGAGCAAGUGGAAAGCCUUCAAGUUCAAUUGCAACAUUUACAAACAAGAAUGAGAAAUGCCGUUGGAAACCAUCGCAGCCCGAGCAUCCACCAAGAGGAGGAGCAAAGUGAUGAAGAUGUCUACUAAACAUUCCAAAUAGUUCUAGUUUUGUUGGCUAAGUAUCUUUAUAUUAUGUAUUAUCUUGUUUACAUGUACAUAUUUAGGGUUAUUAAAAAAAAAGGAACGUUA